AUGCGCUAUGCCAUCGCCGACGGACGGAUAUGCAAGACGUUGGAGAUCGGCAAUGGCGACAUAAAGCACGAAAUGGAGAAAGGCGACCAGCUACCAAUCUCCGGGACCGUUCCCCGCCCGUCAAAUUCGCGCAGCAGCCGUGAUCAGAGCAGCGCGUGUACGAAGCUCGUAAUUCAAAUCUUCUUCGUGGUCACUGCUCUCUGCCUGGCCUGGAGGAUCAUGCAGCUCGAUAUUCUUCCCAUGCUUGCGGGAACCUAUGGCCAGUCCGCAGACGAGCCUGCCCAGCCGCUCCAGCCCGGGGAGACCAUUUGA